UUAGCUUGGACUUUUUGUCUGUGAAUAACCUUCAUGUGCAGAGUUUGCAUUUUCCAGCUGAGGACGAGUAAGGUAAACAAAGGGCAAAGGUUUGGAACCAAUCACAGACGGUGACACGGAGGGAGCCACACGUUACAGGGCUGCUGAUUGGCUGAGGCGGGAGAGGAACCAGACGGUGCGAGAGGUGAAGCACUUCCCCCUCAGAAAGUUAUACCACUUCUUCAAAAAACAAGGACCCUCUUUGACCCACAGCGAGAGAGAAAGUGUCUGUGAAUAUGCUGCCUCACCUCCCAUGCUGGGAUCACUCCUCACCGGGGUCGUGUUGAACUGGAUUUACUGCCUGACAAACUGGACUUUUUAAUUUGCUGCAGGAGCCUGGCAGCCAGAGAAGAAGAAGAAGUCAGGGUGUGUCUUGUGCGGACAUAAAAACAAACACACGUAUCUUUUAUGGUGGUGUGAAGGUGACUUGGUUCGUUUCUUCCGAGUGAAAGGACGGACAGAGAAAGUAGGCAGCACCAUGCAGGGGAACGGAGGAGUGUACGCAGUGAAGAGGAGGAGGAAGCCCGUCCAGAAAAAUGUGAAAACUCCACCAGUGAAGACCAAUCCGUCCAAACGCCACCGGGACCGUCUGAAUAUAGAGCUGGACCGACUGACCGGCAUGCUGCCUUUCUCCGAGGAGGUCAGAGGUCGCCUCGACAAACUGUCGGUGCUCCGGCUCAGUGUGGGAUACCUCAAGCUUCAGAGCUACUUUCACGCGGUGCUCCGGAAAAAUGCGAGGUCAUCUCCUCUCAUGCCUGCAAACGGCAGAAAUGGACAGACUGUGUCCCUGGAUGGAGUCGGUUUCUCAGAGGGAGAACUCCUGCUUCAGGCUCUGAACGGCUUCGUGCUGGUUGUGACGACUGAUGGCACGAUCUUCUACUCGUCCCCGACCAUCCGGGACUUCUUGGGCUUCCAUCAGUCGGAUGUCUUCCAUCAGAGUGUGUAUGAUCUCGUUCACGUGGAUGACAGAGAGACGUUCAAGUGUCAGCUCCACUUCGCCCUCAACCCCAGCAAAGCCGACGCAGACAUGAUAGCAGAGGGCGGACAGUCCAGCUCUCAGAACUUCUUGCCUCAGUACCUCCCUCCAGAGAACUCCUCUUUCCUGGAGAGAAGCUUCUGCUGCCGCGUUCGCUGCCUCCUGGACAACACCUCUGGAUUCCUGGCUCUAAACUUCAGUGGGCGUCUCAAGUACCUGCACUUCCAGGGAAAUGUCGGGGCCGAUGGGACUGUGGUGCAUCCUCAGCUCGCUCUGUUCGCCAUCGCCACACCUGUGCAGUCCCCCUCGGUCAUGGAGAUCCGCACCAAAACCUUCAUCUUCCAGACCAAACACAGAAUGGACUUUGCUCCUAUGAGCAUUGACACAAGGGGGAAGCUGGUGUUGGGUUAUACGGAGGUAGAGUUGGUCACACCAGGCUCUGGGUAUCAGUUCGUCCACGCUGCUGACAUGAUGUACUGUGCUGACAACCACCUCAGGAUGAUGAAAACCGUAGACAGUGGCUUCACGAUCUUCAGGCUGCUGACUAAAACAAAACAGUGGCUGUGGGUUCAGGCCCAGGCUCGGGUAGUCUUCAAGAAAGGGAGACCAGACUUUAUCAUCGCUCGGCAGAAAGCCCUCACAAAUGAAGAAGGAGAGGAACAGUUGCGCCAGAGAAGACAGCAGCUCCCGUUCAACCUUGCCACCGGUGAAGGUGUCCUGUAUGACGUUUCUCUGGACCCCCUCUCCAUCCCUGGUUCUCCUGACACCGGCACACCAGGAACCUCCGAGCCCACAGCGGAGAAACCUCUGGACCCAGCCUCGAUCAUGGGAUCCCUUCAUCGGCAGGACCGCUCUCUUUACACGCAGCCAGAGAAUCCCAGUCCCCAGCUCCCAUUCUUCUCCCAAACAGAGGACAUUGAUUUUGAACAACCCCAGCCGUCCCUGGAACAAGCCUUUCUGGACAGCCACGCUCUGCUCAGUGUGCCGGCUCAGAGCCAGACCUUGCAGAAGAGGUCCAGCCCAGCAGACCUCGCAUCAGAGGCCAUGAUUGAAUCUUUGGAGCAGAUUUUGGGAGAUAUCGGGGACGGAGGGAUCGAGGGCCUUGAGGUGGAGGAGACCGAGCUGAGGGAGUGGGAGAAAACCCUCAUCAGGAUGAAUAAAGAGAGGGAAAAUACAUCGGAUGAUCUCAAUCACAUCCUGGCUAAUGAUGUGUUCUCAUAUGUGGAGGAGGCUCUGAGGAGAGAGACUGAUGGACCUGCUGUCCAGGCUUCAGGUCAGACUGGGUGUCCUGUUUCUGGCAUGAUCAGCAGUUUAUCCAUUCAAGGUGAGCAUCCUGGGUUGUCACAUAAUGUGCCACAGUGGCAGCCAGUGACGGACAUGGAAUCUAAUCAGACUGGGUUUGAAGGAGAAGCUCGGUUGGGAAAUAUUCCUGGUGGUGUUGGUAGGUACAGACUGAAAAGUGCUUCACAAGCUGUUGUUCAGGGAACGCCAAGCACACUAACACCCAGUCAGUGUCGAAUCACUCAGCAGGGACACUCCUCUUCUCUGUGGCCUCCAAUCAGCAGCAAUCACCACUGUGGCAAUGAGAUGAUGUCAACACAGACACAUCUGUCAUGGCUUCCAUCCACACAAAACACUAACACUAUUCACAGCAGACUUCAAUCUGGCUUGGAAGUGAUGGACCAAAGUGAGCACUAUUCUCUAAACCACUCCGGUUCACAGCAGACCUCCGAGGAGCUCCGGCCUCAGGACCCCGCAGAGUGGCAACAACAACGGCAGCUGUCGCAAAGUUUUCACCACCGCACACUUUCACAUUCUUCUCACACACCAGGCAGCGUGAACUCAACAGCUCACCCACGAACACAGCGAUUAUCCGGCAGCUGCAUGUAUGAAAAAAGAGAAGGUCACAUACCAAACAGUGCGACUGUACUCAGCAGACCGAACGGGCCCCUCCUGGGACCCGCGUGUACCAGAGGAGCCACACAUGCUGCAGGGACCACCACAAACGCUUCAACCUUUACCCUGUCUCACCUCGGCAUCAACCAGGGGAUGAUGUCCGGUCCCAGCACAGAUGUGGGCAACAUCAGCAUGGGUCACCUGAGUGGACACGACGCACACGUAGGGACGCAUCGACCGGAGUAUCGCGCUGAAAACGGAUUAUUACAGUCGUCAUUCUUCUGUUGGAACAGUGAAGCUCAGAUUCCCAAUGGUUCCCUGAACGGCGUUGUCGACCAGUUUGCCUUCCCCGUCAUUCCUGAUGGGACCAUCAAUCUUUCCCAGAACACCGGGCUAUAGAGACGUCGGCCCUGCAUUGAUAGAUGAGCAUCCAUCAGUGACUCAGAGAGAACUUCUGAGAUCAUUCCUUCACUGAGAGGAAGAGAUGAUUGCUGGGUCUGCUGUGGCUCACCAAUGAAUAUGGACCUUCUCAUUUCAAUCUAAGAAAACCUCGGCUGCACCACGGUCUUGUUAUCAUCAUGUAAGUGUCCCAUCGAAUAUUGACCUGACCAAUAAUUAGCUGUUUUACAUAAAUCCGAUAUGUAGCAGAAGUGUCCUGUCAGCAGAGAUGAAGCAUGAACCAAUGGUUUUAUUUUAUGAGUUAAUCUAUCAGAAGCAGAUCUGUCAUUGAGGUGCUGUUUCACUGUGUCAAACCCGGGGCUGUGGGACUUGUUUUGGUGAAACAUGUGCAGGUGGGAAAGCGAGAACUGUUCUUGAUUGGUUGAACUGAAUCUUCAAUCAACACGAUACAGGCUGGAAGUGAGAGGGGAGGAAAACGCAGCCUGUUCAACUGAUGAGUCAGAAAUAGACUUUGGCUGUUGGAGGAUGGAGAAUGAUAUCAUCUCAUCUCCAUCAUAUAUAACUUCUUGUAUCUAGUCUGCCUGAAGAAAUGAAUCGUAAGCAUUUACAAAUCAACAGAUGGUAUAGGAAACUGAAACCGUUCUAACAGAGUCUUACAAAGAUGACCAUGAAAGGAAAAACUACAGCUCCCAUGAAAAUCAGCUGCAGAUGUGACAGUACUCACAGUAAACGCUACAUUUAUGAAUAACACCAGUUACUCACAAAGUGCAGCGCUGUGGCUCCCGAGUCCUGAGCACUUCUGCUGAAUUGUGAAAGUUUGCCGUUUAUUACAAGCCACUAAAACAGAAUAAAUAUUUAAUAAACAAUUAUAUAAGCUAUGGUCCUUAUCAAAACAAAGUGUCUGAAGUCCUGGUUGCACUUUGGCUCUCUAGAAACCAGAGGAGAUUACAUUCUAGUUCUUUGCUGCACUUUGCCUUUGGCAGUUUGUCUCAUUGAACACAUGCAGUACUUAGUAUUUACUUCCAGCUCUAUAUUGUGCUCAAGCUUUAGUUUUGUCCACCAGUUAUAAGAUGCUUUGGCCAAAUGAGUAAAAUGUAAUGUAAAUGAUAUCAUGAAUCCCCUUAUGUGGCUUUAAAAGCAAAGAAAAUGUUAUUUGCAUUAAUGUUGUGUGUUGUUUUUCUCUCCAAAGAGAUUAUUUGGAUUUUGCUCAGCCAUGAAAUGAAAGAGUGCAAUGUAGAAAAAUCAAUCUUUACCCAAAGCUGACGCAGCGUUGUUGGGAGCAACUUUAACCGUCUGAGAGUUACAAUUUUAUGUAGACUCGUAUUAUCUGGUAAUUAAAAAAAAAAGAUUUUUUAACUUUGUAUUGAACAAGUAUGUAAGAAACAAAACACACACGAUGCUGUGUGAAACUAUUGUGGAAGUCAUUUCACGAGAUCAUUUCUUGUUACUUCCCUGAAUCCAGUUUUUAAGGUUUUAAUAAGACCACCCACUGAGCAAUAACCGGUUUAUGACACUAUAACCUAGGUGUAAGCAGGUGUAAGGACAUGUAGAAGUGUUUAUGAACUAAGGCAUUUGUCAGCAUCAAUAAUAAUCCAAUGUUUAAACAGAUGUUGAUAUUAAUAAUACUAUUAAACAGAUACUGUGUUAUUGAUAAGAAAGUAAAAACAGCUAUAAUCAUAUUAGACGAUAUAUAUGUCUCCACAGAUGAGACAAAUCUUUCAGUGUUUUAUAGGACCACUGAUUCUGGAUUUUUGAGGCCACACCUGAAAACAAUAUUAGAGAUUGUUUAACAAACCUGAUGAGGUCAUAUCAGCUGAUUGUAUUUUAUUUUUAACACAAACAUGUUUUUACAUGUUUAAAUAUUUUGCAGUCAGCUUUUUCAAAACCAUUGGAAUUUGUCAUUAAUAAGUUAAUAUAUGGAUUUCUAUAGAUUAAUUAUAUAUGUGAAUACAUAAAAUACUUAUUAUUUAAUAUUCAUUAAAAACAUAUGGGCAUAUUUAAUCAUAAUAACUGUUAUUUUGUCGUUCAGCUUUAUAUUUAUUCAGUAUCCAGUCACAGCUGCUUCAGAGGAUGAGUUAUAAAAGCUGUAACAAUGUCUAAGUGACAUAAAAAGACGUGUUAUAGUGUAUUAUAAACAUGUAAAAAAUUUGGGGAAGGUUAAAAUAAAGUGUUAUCUUAGAAAAACACUUUAUUUAACCUCCAGUGUAGUCUUCAUAAGCAGCCUAUAUGCACCAGAUUAUACACUAUACACUCAAAAAUACAUUCAAACUUUUUUGUUGUAAUUAUUGAUAAAAUUACAGUUAUAGAGUUAAUUUAAACAUAAUUACAGGCAUGCCAGCAUGUUGAGCUGCAUAGUUAAUUCUCAACCUUUAACUGAGAAAGUGGAAUAAACAAAUGAAAAAAGCAGAACUCAAAGUUCACUUGAGCUUCCAGUCGGAUCUCAACGCUUGUCACAGGAGAUGGAGUUUCCUCAGAGAGAGUAAGGAAAAGUGUUUUUAAAUAAAUUAAUGAAACAGUUAAUAAUUAUUCAUAGAAAAUAUGAGGACAUAUUUUAUAAUAUAUAAAUACCACUGUGUUAUACUAUAUUUUAACCAGUUACAGAUGCUUCACACAAAUAACAUUACAAGAAACAGCUACAUUGUAUUGUCUUAUAAAGCAUUUAUUCGUUUUUUUUUUACAAAUGCCAGAUACUGAAAGAACGAAGUGUUUGUCCCAGACAGCCUGUUAGACUUUAUACGUUCUGUUGGAUUCUUGGCACUUUUGUAAUGUUUUCGUCUGGCAUGAUUAUUUUGGAGACGUGGGAGAGAGACGGCAGACCGAGUGCUAACUGUGAACAGAUUGAAAUUAGGCAGCGUGACUCAGAACUGUAAAAAGCUAUUGUAUCAUUUUACCUAAGAAAUCCUGAAUCAACAUGAAAAUGUGGUUUUGUUUUGUCAAGUCAUGUUGAUAAAGUAAAUAUGCACCUGAAUAAAUUUUGUUGUACUUGUAGAAGAUUAUUAUUGCCAUAUUAUUCUGUGUCUGGAUAAUUAACGGUAAUGUUACCCUCUGUAUUCUUUGUGUGCAAAAUAUAACCACUGGGGACAAGUGUCAUUUAUUUUUGCCAUUAAAGAAUUGUAACCCCUCG